AGUAGUAGAGCAGCGACCUUGGCUAAAGUUUUUAUUUAGUUUUAUUGCCGACGGAGGGCUUCUGUGCCCGUCGCCGCGUUCAGAACAUCAAGGAUCCAUCACCAUGACGAAGCCGAAAACUGCAGCGCAGAUCCUCGCGAAAGAAAGGCGUUCCGCCCGGAGGUCGGAAAAAAUAAUCGAGAAGAGAUUCAAGAACAGGUUCGACGGAAUUAAUAUACGAUGUACUAAUGUGAUUGACUGUAGGAGACGAGGUACAACACGAUCCGCAGUCGUGGCCGCCUCGUUUGCACGCAAUUUGUCACACCGUUUCCCACUUCCAGCUGCCUCCUGACAGUGACAUGCUGAAGCUGCAAGGCUUGCCCACGCCACCCAGCACUACAGUCCGCAUCUCUUCCCUUCGAGCAUGACAAAGCUGAUUGCAUCCGAGAUUUCCGCUUUGAUAUGGGGAGGGGGAAUUUUUCUUCUUGAUAGUUCGCUUCGCAUCUUGCUGGGCAGGUCCUCGUAGUCCAGCAGUUCGCCGUCAACGGUGUCGGCUGGCUGUGUUCCGGGGCUGAUAGCUGCGUUCCACUCUUUGAUCGAAAUUGUCCCGUCGCGUGGGUCAGCAUCCAUCCACUCGAACAGCCCGUCCGUAUCCUGUGUAAAAAAAUCCCCACCCUUUCGUUGUAAAUGUAAUGCAAAUCAUCUCUCUGCUUCGUGAAAAUAUUUCGCACGCGGAGCCCCAUGAGAAGCACUGUCGCCGUCUCGUCGUGCUGCGGAAUUUGUCAAACUCCCAUCGGCGCGCUGCGCUAGCUCUGUGACGCUGCUGAAUUAGCUAAACAGGAUUACACUACGAGGCCACAUCUGUCAUGCCCAGCAGCCAAAGCUGCGUGUGAAGUUGUCUAGAAGAUUUCCCAUCUUGACUGUGGGGUGGUGGGGACCUUUUUACAUGGGAUAGCCCGCCCUGGUCUGGUACUCGUCUUGCUUCGAUUGCGAAAGAUUGUCCCAAGUACUCUGACUCUCCGCCCCUCCUAGCCAUUUCGCAACAUCGUCUUGCGUGAGGGCAUCCCUGCUACCGCUACCCCCACCAUUUCCCUCCCCCGCCGGUUUGAUGUCCGUAAAGCUCUCUAUCGCUGUGGGGUCCCGAUCGAAAUCGUCCGCCAGCUUCUCGCGCAAAAUUUCCCAGCCGUAGUGGUCGGAGAAAAUAAUCGCGAAGAGAUUCAAGAACAGGUGAGCAGCAAGAAAAAACGGAGAUUCAAGAACAGGGGCCGUUUUUUCUAGCUGCCCACUGUGCAUCAAGAUAGGGUCGGCCAAACGGCCGACCCCCAUCUUGUAAAGAUAUAUAAUUGUGAUCUUGCUCGUUGAAAAAAUCAAUAUAAUUCGAUUACUAGGCCCGGCGCGGAUCUUUUUGCAAAAUAAUCACCUUCUCCUGUAUUAUGUUUUCUUCCAGUUGCAUGCACAUAGAACGCCAGCAUCAGUGGUCUUCCUAUCAUUGUUCUUAGAUCACAGACACAUUGGUCCACCUGAGAAUUCUUGUGUUUUUUGUGUAGUGUUUUUUCUGCAUCCAAGUUGUACUUCUGCUUCUCAACAACGUAUCAUUUAUAUUUUGUUCUAACUAUAGUACGAAAUUUUUAAUAUUAGUGUAUCCAUCAAGAUCAACAGCACGUCCGCUUCAUGGAACUACUCGAGAGGAG